AUGAGUAUCAGUAAUGUUGAUGAGUUGUAUGAAAAGACAUCAGAUGUUAUCAAUCAACUUAUCUUACUUACAAAGUCUACAAAAUAUGAUGAUGAAACAUUUAAUAAAUCAUUACAAUUAUUCUUUGAUAUUUCUAACUCUAUUAAAGCAUCAAUUGAUAUAACAAGUUAUCAUAUUAAAGUUGCUAUCAAUAUAUUAUCAAAACCGUCAAUAAUACGAAAUCUUAUAAAUAUAUAUCGUGAAUUAGGACGUAAAGCUAUACCAUUAAGUUUUACUCCAGUGAUUAAUUCACAAUCUUUAUCAAAUCCACUUCCUGAUAUGAAAUGGAUAUUUACAUUUAUUAAUUUUCAACAAAUACUUACUACUUAUAUAAGUGUAAGUAUUAGUUUUACACAGAUAAUUAUGAAAUCUGAUAUCUAUUUGACAGAAGUAAGACGUAUAUUAAAUCGUUCAAUUAAUAUUGAAUUAUUUGAGAAUAUAGAUUCAUUGAUAGAGUCUAUUAUCUUUGGAUUGAAUACAUCAUUAUUUUAUGAAGAUGAAAUUAUUCGAACACGAGUAAUAGACUAUUGUCUACAUAAUAUUCUAAUGCAUUAUAUACAUUCAAAGAAUUGGAGAAUUCAGAUGAAUACUGCUCAUUUCUUAGUGUUCAUUACUUAUACAGAUAUCAGUCAACUGCAUAUAAAUGAGAUAGAAGUAGUCAUUGAGUCAUUGAUGAAGUAUUUUAUUUCACUUAUUAAUGAAGGAAUCAAAGAUGAUGAAUUCAAUUAUAUCCGUCAGUUUAAUAAAGUCCUACGUAUUUUAGCUCUAAACUCUAAAUACAGAAUUAUCUUAAUUGUGAAUGGUGUUGUAAAUUAUUUAAAUCUAUUGGAGAAGAUUUUACCUAAUGAUGAAGAAGAAAUAUUCCUUACUCUACGUAUUAUAUCAUCAGAAAUAUCUACAGAUAAUGCUGUUGAAGAAAUAAAGUUGCUAGCAAAAAAGAAUUAUGAUAAAAUAACAAGUUUAGAAGAAGAACUUCGAGUAGUCUCCUCCGAUGUAUGUAAUGAUGCAGAGGAUGAAGAUGACAAUAUUUCACCUCCAGUUGACACUGGAGGUGAAACAAAUUAUACAGUUCAUCUCUUUCACCUAUCUGGACAGUAUCGUUUCAACUAG